AUGAACCAUAUCGACCACCCCAACGCCUUAAAAACAUCAUUGAAACCGGGUCAGUACGUGGGAGUGGGUGAAUCAGAAGAUGUGCAGGCAUUCUACUACUUCAUUGAGUCAGAGAAGAAUCCAAAGGAGGAUCCUCUCAUGCUUUGGCUCACCGGUGGCCCUGGUUGCUCAGCCCUCUCUGGCCUUGUCUUUGAAAUAGGUCCACUUGGUUUUAAAAAUGAGGAGUAUAAUGGGAGCCUUCCCAAGUUGGUCUUGAGGCCACACUCAUGGACAAAGGUUAGUAGCAUUAUAUUUGUAGACUUGCCUGUUUUCACUGGAUUCACUUAUCCCACAACAGACUCUGCUGCUCAACGAAGUGACUGGAAACUUGUUCAUCAAGUCCAUCAAUUUCUUAGGAAGUGGCUGAUUGAUCAUCCAAAUUUUUUGUCAAACCAAGUUUACAUCGGUGGCGACUCAUACUCUGGCAUUCCUAUCCCAGUGAUUGUUCAAGAAAUUUCACAAGGAAAUGAAAAAGGGGUACAGCCAUGGAUAAAUCUCCAGCCAUGGAAAUUUGGAUUUAAGAUCUCUUGCAAACUACUAAAGUGCUCACUGCUUGACCAUUUUGCAAGUACCUAUGAGAUGUAUCCUUUAACAAAAUCAAAGAAACCUUCCCCUGCUUUAGGAUACUUGCUAGGCAAUGCAGCUACUACUCAAAGGGAAAAAAAUUAUCAAAUCCCCUUUGCUCAUGGAAUGGCACUUAUUUCCGAUGAACUAUACCAGUCAUUGCAAGAAAACUGUAAAGGAGAGUACAUAAAUGUAGACACCAGAAAUGUAUUAUGUUCCAGAGAUAUCAAGUCGUUCAAAGAGGCUACAUCAGGAAUUAAUUCGGCCCAUAUUUUGGAACCAUCAUGUGAGACUUUUGAUACUGAAAAAUCUCGGAGGAGAUCACUAAUUAAGAAAUAUCCCACAAAUAAUUCCCUAAAUACUCAUCUCAAAUUGCCAUCCUUGAGCUGUCGGAGUUAUGUGUACUUCCUCUGCGAAUUUUGGGCCAAUGAUGAUAAUGUUCGCAAUGCACUCCAUAUCCGUCAGGGAAGUAUAGAAAAAUGGCGUCGCUGUACAUUCGAUAUACCUCGCAAGAUGGAUAUCCCAAGCAGUUAUGAUUAUCAUGUAAAUCUCAGUAGAUUAGGCUAUCGUUCCCUCAUAUACAGUGGCGAUCAUGACUUCGUGGUUCCUUUCUUGGCAACUCAAGCAUGGAUAAGAUCUUUAAACUACUCCAUUGUCGAUGAUUGGAGGCAAUGGAAUACAAAUGGCCAAGUUGCAGGGCAAGUCUUUGUUCUCCUUGCUGCUCUUGUAGGCCAGAUUCCAUUUGAGUAUAUUCUAGAUAGGGUGGAGGGCACACAGCUCCAGAGUACAAGCCUGAAGAAUGCCUUGCCAUGUACAGUAGAUGGCUAUCUAACAGGGCUCUUUUUGUGCCAGAUACUGAACAAGCUACGACCUGGUAUUGUGAAUGUGAUUAGUGAACCUGAUAAUUCUCUGCCAUCACAAUCAGAAAAUGUUAAAUCGUUUCUGAAAGCUUUGGACGCAGUAGGAUUGCCCCGGUUUGAAAUAUCAGACCUAGAAAAGGGGUCUAUGAAAGCUGAUAUGGUGAAGGAUGCAAUGGGGUCAAGAGGUCGUAACGAAGGGUGUGAGGAUGCAACGGAAGAUGUGAUGGGAUCGUAA